UGAGAGAUCCUGUAUCAUCUGUGUGCAUGUGGACAGGGAAAAAAAAAAGUCAGUAGUACAGCUCUGUAGGCUCCUGUCUUCCUUUCAUUCAGCUCCCACACAGUGAAGUGAAGCACAAAGAGCAAGGAUCCCUCCACCGGGCAGCAGCAGAGCAUAGCAGAGCAGAGGAGAUCCUUCAAUGAAGCGAAUGGAUCGUUAAGCUCCAGCACUGCAGCACUCGCUCCUUUUUCCUCUCUCUACACAACAGUUGUGUCUCAUUAUCCAGUGCCUGCACCACCAUUACUCCAGAUCGCCUGAACUUUGCAAUCUUUUCCAGAAGGAGGGAUGAUGAGCUUAAUUUUGCCUUUGUGGCUGGAAUGAAACUGACCUAAGUCACCUGUUCCCCUCCCCGACUUGAGAGACCCCCUAAGACUGCAGCAAGGGGACACCAAGCUGCAGAGAGAUCUAGGAUCUGCUUGCUCCUCAUCAUGGGCUCUUUGACUGGGAUUGCAUUUCUUUUCUUGGGAGUAUCAAUAACAACAAGGGUGAACUGUCAGAAUGUCAAAAAUAACGUGCCAAGGGUCAAAUUAUCCUACAGAGAAAUGGUGGACUCCAACAAUCUAAUAACUUUCAAUGGCAUGGCUAACAGCUCAAACUACAACACAUUUGUAUUAGAUGAAGAGCGGGGAAGACUAUACAUUGGAGCUAAGGAUCAUGUAUUUUCUUUCAAUGUGGCAAACAUCAAAGAUUUUCAAAAGAUUACUUGGCCUGUAACGAACACCCGAAGAGAUGAAUGCAAGUGGGCUGGUAAAGACAUUGUUAAAGAAUGUGCCAAUUUUAUUAAGGUUCUGAAGGUUUACAACCACACUCACUUGUACGCCUGUGGAACUGGAGCUUUUCACCCUGUCUGUACCUAUAUUGAUAUUGGCCACUAUCCGGAGCAGGAUAAUAUAUUUAAGCUUGAACAUGCACAUUUUGAGAAUGGUAGAGGAAAGAGUCCAUAUGAUCCUAAACUAUUAACUGCUUCCAUUCUAAUUGAUGGGGAACUAUAUUCUGGGACUGCAGCAGAUUUUAUGGGAAGAGAUUUUGCUAUUUUCCGCACGCUUGGAAAUCAUCAUCCAAUUAGAACAGAGCAGCAUGACUCCAGAUGGUUAAAUGAUCCCAGGUUUGUUGGUGCAUAUUUAGUACCAGAAAAUGACAACCCAGAAGAUGAUAAAGUCUACUUUUUCUUUCGUGAAAAUGCAAUAGAUGGUGAACAUGCUGGGAAGGCAACACAUGCACGAAUAGGACAGCUAUGCAAGAAUGACUUUGGCGGGCACAGAAGUCUGGUUAACAAAUGGACCACAUUCCUGAAGGCAAGGUUAAUUUGUUCUGUACCCGGUCCCAAUGGAAUUGAUACACAUUUUGAUGAAUUGCAGGAUGUGUAUUUAAUGAAUUCCAAAGAUCCUAAGAAUCCAGUAGUGUAUGCUGUUUUUACAACAUCAAGUAAUGUAUUCAAGGGGUCAGCUGUAUGUCUGUACAGCUUGUCGGAUGUACGACGAGUAUUCCUGGGUCCAUAUGCUCACAGAGAUGGUCCAAACUAUCAAUGGGUGCCGUAUCAAGGUCGAGUUCCAUACCCUAGGCCAGGAACUUGUCCAAGCAAGACUUUUGGAGGCUUUGAUUCAACAAAAGAUCUCCCAGAUGAAGUUAUUACAUUUGCUCGAAGCCAUCCAGCUAUGUACAACCCCAUAUUUCCCAUCAACAACCGUCCUAUUAUAAUUAAAACAGAAGUUGAUUAUCAGUUUUCCCAGAUAGUGGUUGACCGUGUGGAAGCAGAAGAUGGCCAGUAUGAUGUAAUGUUUAUUGGAACAGAUAUGGGGACAGUGCUAAAGGUGGUUUCUGUUCCCAAGGAAACUUGGCAUGACUUGGAAGAAGUCCUUUUGGAAGAAAUGACAGUAUUCAGGGAGCCUACUGCUAUUACAGCCAUGGAGAUUUCCACAAAGCAACAACAACUGUACAUUGGCUCCCCUGAUGGAGUUUCCCAGCUCCCUUUACACCGCUGUGAUGUUUAUGGAAAAGCAUGUGCUGAAUGUUGUCUUGCCAGGGACCCCUAUUGUGCCUGGGAUGGUUCUUCAUGCUCCCGCUACUUUCCAACUGCUAAAAGGCGUACAAGACGGCAAGAUAUCAGAAAUGGUGACCCACUAACACACUGUUCAGAUCUAGAACACAGUGAUGAUCCACACAGACAGAACCUGGAAGAGAAGAUAAUCUAUGGUGUAGAGAACAGUAGCACAUUCCUGGAAUGUAGCCCUAAAUCACAGAGAGCUAUGGUUUUCUGGCAGUUCCAGAAACAGCAUGAAGACAAAAAGGAGGAGAUAAAGAUGGAUGAUCGUAUAAUAAAAACAGACCAUGGGCUACUCCUUCGAACUCUGAAAAAGAGGGAUUCAGGGGUGUAUUACUGUAAUGCAGUAGAACAUGGAUUUGUACAAGCUCUUCUUAAAGUAACUCUGGAAAUUAUUGACACUGAACAUUUAGAUGAGCUUCUGCACAAAGAUGAGGACGGAGAAAACCAUAAGCACAAAGAACCAUCAAACAGCAUGUCUCCAACACAGAAAAUAUGGUAUAGAGACUUCAUGCAACUGAUAAGUCACCCAAAUCUCAACACAAUGGAUGAAUUCUGUGAACAAGUAUGGAAACGAGACCGCAAGCAACGUCGACAAAAAAAUAUUAACACCCAAGUUAGUUCCAACAAAUGGAAGCACCUACAAGAAAACAAGAAAGGCAGAAACAGGAGGACCCAUGAAUUUGAAAGGGCGCCAAGGAGUGUCUGAUUUGAAUUACCUCUUCAAACCUCAUCUGAGCAGGAUUUGUAUAGACAUUAAACUGGAAAAAUGCAAUAUUCAUGAAUAUUUUCAUGGCAUUAUUUGGAUGUUUACAGAGUGGAAAGUUCCACAAUUUUCCACUGUUUAAAUAAAAUACAUUAGUAACUUUCCAAAUAGACUUAGACUAUAUAGUCAAAAUGUAAAAGUUUUAAAGACAAAGUGUCUCGGCUUGGUUUUCCCAUUUCUGAAACAAUUCUCAUCCGUUGAUUUUUGUACUUCCUUCCUUUCCCAAGAAGAAACUGUAAGUUUACCAUCCUGCCAUUGAAAUGAGAAUUGCUUAGCAUCAGUCAUCAACAUCGUCCCACAACUAGGAAUGAGUUUGAUAUCCUUGCUACCAUUGCGUAAAAAUGAAGAGCCCAUUGGAUACAUAUAUAUAUUUUCCUAACAUAAGAAGAUGUGAUGGUGCCUGGGAAUACACAAAGAAAGGAAUAGCUGCAAGAAGACUGAGUUCAAUAAACAGCAAACAAGUUGGGCUUACUGAUCUACUACUGAUAACUCAACCAGCUUUGACCUGAAGUUGCAAUGUACUUUAAUUUAAAUGACAAAUAUGCAGUAAAUUUAAGAAGCUUUUCUUUUUUUUUGCCCUCUAUAGUUGUAGCACAGACUUUAAUUUUUUUUGCACGUAUUA